AAGAUACUGAACUCUUGCUUUUCGCCUUUUCUAUUUUGUUCAGUGGGUUUAAAUGUUAUAGCCAUCAGUUCUUUACUAAUUCAAACUUUGAACUCAAUUAAUGAUUCUAAUUUGGCAAUUAAAUACGGAACUUUUUGUAGCGCUUUUAUGCUUCAUCUAUUUUUUUUAACGAUACCAGCUCAAAGAUUAUUAGAUAGUAGUUUAUUAAUUUCACAAGGAACAUAUAACGGUGAAUGGUAUAAUUUACCACUUCAUGGACAAAAAUUAAUUGUGCCAAUAAUACUCCGAGGUCAAAUACCUUCAACUUUAACUGUUGGGGAAUUUUGUGACAUGGAUAUGAUUGCAUUCGCAGCGCUUUUAAAGACAUCUAUUUCUUAUUUUACGGUCCUUUUAUCCAUGCGUUAA